AUGUGUUAUGUUAUCACAUGUUCAAGAUGUGAAAAGAAGACUUGGGCAGGAUGUGGUCAACAUGCUAAACGAGUAAUGGAAACCGUACCAAAAGAAGACCGCUGCCAGUGUUGUCCAUCACAAUUUACACAAGUAGUCGCACAACCCAAAACAACAUAUACUCAAGGAGAUCACCCCAUUCGAUCAUUAAAAAAAACGUUAGACAUUCUGUGUAUUUUGUCUAAUUGUACGAGAAGAGAUAAAAUCUGAAGUUUUCGCUGUUGUUGAAAGAACACCGAGGCAUGUACAUUGAUAUAAAAUCAACUCGUUAGUGCGGUCUGAAAGGCUUAGAUCUCCAAGUUAGAUUAUUCUGUCCCGGUAGAAUUUCACCGCAAACGACAUAAUCCGACAACCAUAACUUCUAGGAAUCUGGAAAAUGAAUAGUAUGACUUUAGUACUAGUCAGAGAUGUCUCGCCAUGUUCAACUGAAAAUCGAACAACUAGAUCAACUGUAAACAAACUCAAACACCAAUUAGCAGUGGCCCCUUACUAGAACUAACGUUUCUAACUUAAUUCUAAAAUUAAAACACAAUAAU